AUGGAAAUAAAUGACAUUUUUCUGGCUAUGGUACAAGCGCUAAAAGUACUCUCAAUGGAAGCACUGAAAGCCGCUCAUCUACAUAUUCAAAUUGAUGAAAGAACAAUAUGUACUAUGUGCGGAGCACCGAUCAAUAAUGAAGAUGCCGCAUGCUACCCACAUUCAACCCUGAUAUUUCAUCGAAGAUGCAUGAAGAGCUGA